CAGCUCGCAGCUCGCGUCCCAGGUGUCAACAUCGUUCCGCAAUGGCCCCCAUUCGUGCUGCUGUCCUUGGCGUGGGCUUCUCCGCGAAGGUGUUCCAAAUCCCUUUCAUCCUUGCAUUACCGGAGGUAUACCAGCUGCACACCAUCCUCGAGCGCAGAGCUACGCCAGAGAAGAGCAUCGCUAGGGAUAAAUAUGGACAUUUGGGUGUGAAGGUCGUUAACACCCUGGACGACGUUCUGGGAGAUCCCGAAGUCGACUUGGUCGUUGUGGCAGUGAAAGAUUCUGCGCACUACGACUACGCGAAAGCAGCUUUGUCCGCCGGGAAGCAUGUCAUCCUCGAGAAACCUGUUACCGCGACAAGCGCUGAAAUGCGGGAGCUCAUCGAAAUAGCGAAAGACAAGAAGCUCGUCCUCGCUCCCUACCAUAACCGCCGGUUCGACGGUGACUUUAGGACCGUCCAGUCAUUGAUCCAGAGCGGGAAGGUGUCGGAGCUCGUGGAUUUCGAAUCUCGGUUUGACCUUCGUGCUGACUGGCCUCUGGGCCCCCCUGGCGGUUCAGCUGGAAUUACAUUCGGACUUGGUUCGCACCUCAUUGAUCAGGCUAUUGCUCUCUUCGGCGCUCCGAAGUCUGUCACUGCGCUGCUGGAAAACGGAAGACGAGAGGGACACCUGGACGUGGACGACUCGUUUAUCAUUCACAUGCGCUACGCUGACUCGCCGGUUCUGGUAACACUGCGGUCUGCGCUACACUCCGUGCUGUCGCACCAGAUCCGCUUCAUUGUGCGAGGUCGCGAAACGAGCUUCGUCAAGUUCGGUUUGGAUGUCCAAGAGCCGCAGAUACAAGAGGGACUAAGUCCGUUGGAUCCCGGAUUUGGCGAAGAUCCAGAAGAGAAUUGGGGCGAAUUUGGAAGGAGGGACCCCGACGGAACAAUGCACUUCUUGAAGAUAAAAACUCUUCCUGGCUCCUACAAGGACUACUACAACAAUGUCGCGGAUGCGAUAAACGGGAUCAGAACCCUGGAAGUCACACCCGAACAUGCAGAACUUGGCAUCCGCAUUAUCGAGGCUGCGAAGAAGAGUGCUGUGGAGAAACGCACCGUUGAUCUCUGAGUCUUCUCUGUCGCCCUGUUCUACAUGAUAUUCCGUAUGUCAAUGCCACUAUUCUAUC